CAACACCACCCUCUGGUGAACAGAGCUUGUAAAUAUGUAGCUUAUGUAUUUCAAUGAUUAAGAGGCUGCCUGAAACGAAAGCGAAACUGCUCUCUCUCUCUAUCUACUGUUCGCUUUAUUACGGUUCUUGCGUAGGUAGAAAUGUCUGCUGAGGAUUUCAGAAUUGUUGCAGAAGACGAGUCUUUGAGUUGUCAGGACAGUGUACUGGAGAUCAAAAAAUAUAAGGCACAUUAUGAAGCAAUAAUGAAAGAACAAAAAAUACUAAAAGAUGGCAUAGAUAACAACAAUUACUAUGCCAAGGAAUUUAAACAACGAGCUUAUGAGAAGAAAGUGUCAUCCGAGGAAGAAAACAAUAAACGUUCUAAGACCAUUCAGAGGGAGAAGGAGAAAUGCAGAGCCGUACUGGAGGAAAACACCAAGCUGCAGAAUGAGAUCCAGAAAAUGAGGGAGGAGAUGCAACGUCUGGACUGUAAAAACAGCAAUCUGAAAAAGCAAACCGAGAUUUCUACAGCGGUGCCUGAGAGGAAGGUUGUGUUUCGGGGAAAUACACAAGAGGGAGCCCAUGCCGUGAGUUUUGAUGUGAAUCCCCGAAUAGUUUAUCCAAUGGAGGGUGGAACAGCGCUGAUCACCUUCGAGGAAAAGGAUGUGGCUCAGAAAAUACUAAACCUAAAGGAUCAUUCGGUGCAACUUGGAGAUUGUACCAUCACUGUGCAGGCUAAACCCAUUCAAUUCCUGGUCCCCAGCUAUGUUGAGAUGGAAACACAAGUGUGCCCACGCAGAAUCCUAGUCUCCAACUUGCCAAAGGAAGAGCCUGAGGAGAGAGUCCUAGACAAACUGGACAUCCAUUUUUCUCGGUCAAGGAAUGGAGGCGGCGAGGUGGAGGACAGAGAGAUGCUGCACGACUCCGGGACUGUGGUUAUUACCUUCAUAGACGAUAAGAUUGCCAAAGGUCUCUCCGACAAACAAGAUCAUGAUGUAGAGUUUGGUAAGAAGAAGCACAAGGUGAAGGUCACUCCAUUUCUCAAUGGAGAGAUUUCACAGAUGAAGAUCUGUAACUCUGAGUGCACGCGCACAGUGCUGCUGACGGGCAUCCCGGACAUCAUGGACAAAGAUAACCUGCAGGACAACCUGGAGAUCCACUUCCAGAAGUCGGCCAAUGGUGGCGGAGAGGUGGAAGGCAUCAUCUACAACCCUCUGGGCCACACUGCCCUUGCUUUGUUUGAUGAGGACUCCCCUCCAGACAACCAGAGCGAGAGCUAAAAAACCUUUACAGGCCAGAGAUCCAGUGUUGCCUUUAAAAAAAAAAAACCCACAUCAUUCAUUUGUAAUAGACUGGGUUAUGUUUUAUGAGUCAAUCUGAAUCACAGGAAAGGUUUAUCUGCAUACAAUCUGUGUCACAAUCGUAUCUGUACACAAAAACAAGAAAAUCUUAAAAAGAACAAAGUCUUAAAUAAAUGUGCCAUAACUAUAUUACAAUGUUUGCAGGAAUUCCACGAAACCAAUCCAAAAGAAAAAAUAAGAUAUAUUCUGCACAGUGAAAAUGAAGGUUACUUUGAUGUAAAUAUAUAAACAAUAGUCAACAUUUGAAGUGGAUUUUAUAUA